AAUUCAUCAAUUUGGGUAUUUGUGGUUCCAAAAGACGUACUCCUCCUAUCAUCAUGAACGUCCAUCACAAUCAGGUACCUCCGCAUAUAAAUCACCCUCCUCCUAGAAAUAACCUCUUUAUCAUUCCAAAUCAAAACCAGCCACGGGUACCUCCGCACAUAAACCACCCUCCUCCUAGAAAUAACCGCGUUAUCGUUCCAAAUCAAAACCGGCCACGGGUACCUCCGCACAUAAACCACCCUCCUCCUAGAAAUAACCGCGUUAUCGUUCCAAAUCAAAACCGGCCACGGGUACCUCCGCACAUAAACCACCCUCCUCCUAGAAAUAACCGCGUUAUCGUUCCAAAUCAAAACCGGCCACGGGUACCUCCGCACAUAAACCACCCUCCUCCUAGAAAUAACCGCGUUAUCGUUCCAAAUCAAAACCGGCCACGGGUACCUCCGCACAUAAACCACCCUCCUCCUAGAAAUAACCGCGUUAUCGUUCCAAAUCAAAACCAGCCCCGGGUACCUCCGCACAUAAACCACCCUCCUCCUAGAAAUAACCGCGUUAUCGUUCCAAAUCAAAACCAGCCCCGGGUACCUCCGCACAUAAACCACCCUCCUCCUAGAAAUAACCGCGUUAUCGUUCCAAAUCAAAACCGGCCACGGGUACCUCCGCACAUAAACCACCCUCCUCCUAGAAAUAACCGCGUUAUCGUUCCAAAUCAAAACCGGCCACGGGUACCUCCGCACAUAAACCACCCUCCUCCAAGAAACAACCGCGUUAUCGUUCCAAAUCAAAACCAGCCCCGGGUACCUCCGCACAUAAACCACCCUCCUCCUAGAAAUAACCGCGUUAUCGUUCCAAAUCAAAACCAGCCCCGGGUACCUCCGCACAUAAACCACCCUCCUCCUAGAAAUAACCGCGUUAUCGUUCCAAAUCAAAACCAGCCCCGGGUACCUCCGCACAUAAACCACCCUCCUCCUAGAAAUAACCGCGUUAUCGUUCCAAAUCAAAACCGGCCACAGGUACCUCCUCACAUAAACCACCCUCCUCCUAGAAAUAAUCGCGUUAUCGUUCCAAAUCAAAACCGGCCACGGGUACCUCCGCACAUAAACCACCCUCCUCUUAGAAAUAACCGCAUUAUCGUUCCAAAUCAAAACCAGCCACGGGUACCUCCGCAAAUAAACCACCCUCCUCCUAGAAAUAACCGUGUUAUCGUUCCUAAUGCAUAUUUAUGACUCAGACUCAGCUUGCUAAGAAGCUAGCUAAAAGUGAAUGUACAAAUCAUCAAGAAUUAUGAAUAUGGAAAGACAAUUCCCAACGAAACAUGAUGUAUCAAU